CACCACCACUACCACCACCACCGCCGCCGCUGCUGCCGCCACCGCCACCGCCGUGUUCGGGUGUAGAAUUUGGAAUCCCUGCGUCUGGUUAACAAUGAAGCAGAGUUCGAACGUGCCGGCUUUCCUCAGCAAGCUGUGGACGCUUGUGGAGGAAACCCAUACCAACGAAUUCAUCACCUGGAGCCAGAAUGGCCAAAGUUUUCUGGUUUUGGAUGAACAAAGAUUUGCAAAAGAAAUUCUCCCCAAAUAUUUCAAGCACAAUAACAUGGCAAGCUUUGUGAGGCAACUGAAUAUGUAUGGUUUCCGUAAAGUUGUACAUAUUGACUCCGGAAUUGUAAAGCAGGAAAGAGAUGGUCCUGUUGAAUUUCAGCACCCUUACUUCAAACAAGGCCAGGAUGACUUGUUGGAGAACAUUAAAAGGAAGGUUUCAUCUUCAAAACCAGGAAAUAAGAUUCGUCAGGAAGAUUUAACAAAAAUUAUAAGUAGUGCUCAGAAGGUUCAAAUAAAACAGGAAACUAUUGAGUCCAGGCUUUCUGAAUUAAAAGGUAAAAAUGAGUCCCUUUGGAAGGAGGUGUCAGAAUUACGAGCAAAACAUGCACAACAGCAACAAGUUAUUCGAAAGAUUGUCCAGUUUAUUGUUACGUUGGUUCAGAAUAACCAACUUGUGAGUUUAAAACGUAAAAGGCCUCUACUUCUAAAUACUAAUGGAGCCCAAAAGAAGAACCUGUUUCAACAUAUAGUCAAAGAACCAGCUGAUAAUCACCAUCAUAAAGUUCCACAUAGUAGGACUGAAGGUUUAAAGCCAAGGGAGCGGAUAUCAGAUGACAUUAUUAUUUAUGAUGUAACUGAUGAUAAUGCAGAUGAAGAAAAUAUCCCUGUUAUUCCAGAAACUAAUGAGGAUGCUAUAUCUGAUCCCUCCAACUGUAGCCAGUACCCUGAUAUUGUCAUUGUUGAAGAUGACAAUGAAGAUGAGUAUGCACCUGUCAUUCAGAGUGGAGAUCAGAAUGAACCAGCUAGAGAAUCCCUAAGUUCAGGCAGUGAUGGCACCAGCCCUCUCAUGUCUAGUGCUGUCCAGCUAAAUGGCUCAUCUAGUCUGACCACAGAAGAUCCUGUGACCAUGAUGGAUUCCAUUUUAAAUGAUAACAUCAAUCUUUUGGGAAAGGUUGAGCUGUUGGAUUAUCUUGACAGUAUUGAUUGCAGCUUAGAGGACUUCCAAGCCAUGCUGUCAGGAAGACAGUUUAGCAUAGACCCAGAUCUCCUGGUUGAUCUUUUCACUAGUUCUGUGCAGAUGAAUCCCACAGAUUACAUCAAUAAUACAAAAUCUGAGAAUAAAGGAUUAGAAACUACCAAGAACAAUGUAGUUCAGCCAGUUUCAGAAGAGGGAAGAAAAUCUAAACCCAAAACAGAUAAGCAGCUUAUCCAGUACACUGCCUUUCCACUUCUUGCAUUCCUCGAUGGGAACCCUGCUUCUACUGUUGAACAGGGGAGUACAGCAUCAUCAGAAGUUAUGUCCUCUGUAGAUAAACCCAUAGAAGUUGAUGAGCUUCUGGAUAGCAGCCUAGAUCCAGAGCCAACCCAAAGUAAGCUUGUUCGCCUGGAGCCAUUGACUGAAGCCGAAGCUAGUGAAGCCACACUGUUUUAUUUAUGUGAACUUGCUCCUGCACCUCUGGAUAGUGAUAUGCCACUUUUAGAUAGUUAAAUCCCCAAGAAGUGGACUCUACAUGUAUAUAUUCAUCAAAAUGAUGAACUAUUUAUUUUAAAGUAUCAUUUGGUACUUUUUUUUGUAAAUUGCUUUGUUUUGUUUAAUCAGAUACUGUGGAAUCAAAAGCACCUUUUGCUUUUCUCACACACUCUUGCAAAGCUUUCAGAUGUUACUCAGCUACAUAGGUACACAAGAUUUAAUGCACAUUGUUGGUAUAUCUCUAAGUUGGAUUCAAAUGGCCAUUUUUCUCCAGUUAUAGUAAAUUGGAUUUCUUUUUUACAUAUAUACCCAUUAACCCCAGUUAAACUUUUUUGUUUGUUUUACUUGUUUGAUGCUGUCUGUUUGCAUUGAGUGUAAGUCACUAGAACUAAUGGUAGAACUCUUAAAGCUUUGUCUGUUCCAGUUACUUUUACUAAAUAUUUUUCACUUGGCUUAUUUUUAAAAACUGGGAACAUAAAGUGCCUGUAUCUUGUAAAACUUCAUUUGUCUCUCUUGUUCAGAGAAGUUCAUUCAUGUUCAACAGGAAAGGCAAAGUAUACUUGAGUGCUUGCUGUCAGAUAUGGCUCCAGCUUCAUAUACAUAGAAAGAAGGGAAUGGGAUGGCAUCAACCCCAUCCAUCUCGUUGGACUAGUUUUAAGUAAAAGUUUUCUGAUUUGUUUGUGUUUUUUUUGAACCAUACUAUUUAGUAAAAUAAAUAUAAUGAAUGUUGCGUA